UUCACCAAUGGAACUAUGGCAGCUCUCGCUGUGAAAGUGGAAUCUGUCCCCAGCUUGUCUCCAAGUCAACUAACUCUAAGGGAUCAGAGUUGCCGGCCUCUUCAGUCUGAUGCUAUCAAUGCGGUUUUCUACUUCAAUGUCAACUCCUGUGGAACAACUAGACGGUUUGACAACAACCUCCUGACUUAUGAGAAUGACGUGCUGUUCACAUCUUACCGGUUGAGAGUUGCCUGUCACUACCUGGUCAAUGACACCAAGGUAGUACAGUUCUUGUACCAGAAUAAUCCUGCACCUGUAGUCCAGCCUGGCUUGGGGGACCUUGCAGUCAUCAUGCGGCUUGCAUUGGAUUCAACCUACAAUGACUUCUAUGGAGCUCGGGAUUACCCUGUUGUGAAGUACUUGCGAAGACCCUUGUAUUUUGAGGUAGAGCUCCUGUACAGCAGGGAUCCACAGGCUGAAUUGUUUUUGGAGAACUGCUGGGCAACCUAUUCUGUUGACAGGAAUAGCUCUCCAAAGUGGGAUGUUGUUGUGGACAGCUGUGAGAACUCUGCAGAUGAGUACUUGACCAUCUUUCACCCAGUCUCCAGCAAUGCAAGAGUGCUGUUCCCUUCCCAUCUGAAGAGGUUUGAAGUGAAAAUGUUUUCCUUCACAAGCGGCCGUGAUGCAAUGAAAGGACAGAUUUACUUCCACUGCAGUGUUGUGAUAUGUGAUUCAAACCGGCCAUCAGACAGCCUCUGUAGCAGACGGUGCAUUCCAGGGAAACAGAGGCUUGGUCGCAGUGCUGAAGGGAUGGAUGGUGGUGCAAAGGCGUUUGUGUCUUCUGGCCCAAUUGAGCUGAAGAGAGAUGGAUCCCUUCACUUUAUGCCUAGAAGCGGUAAUAUGCAUGAUGUGAACACAAUUGCAGUUCAAGUAAAAUAUAACUAUCUCUCUUUAUAUUCCUCUAACUAUUACUUUCUUCUCUUGCAGCCCAAUUCAAUGUGUGGUCCCUUCUGGGAGCUGCAAUGGGUGUGUGUUCAGUGGUUAUCUUCAUAGCUGGAGUUGUAUCUUUCUGGAAACUGCCAAAAAGUGUGUAUUGAUAAAUAACAAUCUUGCUUGUAAAAGCUUA